CCAGUCUCCUGUUCACACUUGGCCAGGUUGAAAUGACGGAAGUCACAGGAGAAAUUUAACACCAUCGAUGUCAACAAAACCCAUUACUUAGAUCUUACAUUUUACCUACACGCAAAGACUUGCAAUAGGUCCUUCUACCCCAUCCAUUCAGACUCGACACGUUUUCAAGCUUUUGAAAACUUCACAGAUCUGUUAUUAGUUUGCACCGUACCUGAAUAUUCAUUUCUUAUAUGAUAUCAGAUUCAACAGGGUACUUUUAUUUACUGGAUAUAUGAUAUUAGAUUCAACUGGGUAUAUGAAAUUAGGACUCAGGAGGGUCUGUAGCAUAUAGAUAAAGGGAUGCUGGGUGUUGAUGAGAAGGGGGAUAAAGCAGAGUUGCCAUCUGAAGGGUGGAGUAGCCCCACCUUCAUGAAUUCUACAGAGAUCAAGUUUCCCAGGUCUCCUGCAAGGAGCAGUGAUGGGGCUUCCAGCCCUCCAGGCUUGAAUUUCUCAUGGGCAAGAAUGGUUGCAGAGCGUGAGGGGGAAGAUGAAGAAAAUGAUUUCUCGCCUCCCCUUUGGAGGCCUGGCUCAUCCAUGUCUAGUGUCUCCCACCCCAUGUCAAUUCGGGCUCAGGAAAUUGCCAGGGGGAGGCAAGAGCUCAUGAAAUUGUAUGAAGGUAUGCCUGAGUCUGCCUAUGAACUGUCUCUCAAGGAUCUAGUUGACCAGAGGACUGCCAUGGACAAACAGAGGGCUAAUUCUGAAGGGCCCAACUCUCCUAUUGGCGGAUCCAGGGUGAAAAAGGCAGCAAGGGCUGGUGGGAAUAAGAGCAACUAUCAAAAGCAUGUUAUGUUGAAUAUAUUUGUUCCAACCAGUCUAACUGUCCGCCCAACUCCUCCUCCUUCCAGGCCAUUGUCUCGCAAUUCUUCUAGACGGAGUAGUAGUGAUCAGAAUGGUAAGAAUCACUCAAAGCAGAUGGCCAAGCCAUUGCACCAUCGAAACUUCUUGAUGUCUCUGUUUCGGAUUAGGCCACCUAAGGCCGCUGAGCUUUCACAUUGCAAUAGUUUCUCUAAGGUUUCUCCUGGGCCUUAUUCUGGCCAGUCUGAUUCCCCUUUCAUCAGCAGCCCCAUUGAGGCUAAACCAAACAACUCAAGACGAUGCUCGGCCUGUUCAGGGUACACAGUUUUCUUCAAGACAAACUGCCAGGCAUGUGAAAAGACCUACUGUAGCAAUUGUGUUAAGGAGGCUAUUGUAGAUACCCCAGAAGGACGAAGAUGCCGAGCAACUUGUAUGGAUAAAUUAUAUGAUGAGAGAGACUUGGAGCCCCAGAUGAAGGGUUGUUGGCCCAGUUUCUCCAAAAAAAAAGGUAAAUCUGCAAGGAGGACAAAAUUUUCUUUUAGAGAGGAGGACACAAAAGGUCAUUGACUUCAAUUGAAAUUUGGUAAUAUAGAUUUUGGGAAUGCCUGUCUGUCUAUUCAAGGCAAAUCAUUUUGGGUUGCAACUUCUGAAUCCAUUACCAGUCAUCCUUGAAUGUAUUCUAGACCUCCUGUUAUAACUGUAGAUAACUCCAAGUUUCACUGGAAGCAAUGGAUUUAGAGCCUCUUUACAGUGGGCAUUGAAGGUGGCAUCACUGCUUUCUGUUGUUGAAAGCAAAACUUUGCUCUACUAGAUUUGAUUUUGUGUUUCCUUCAGUAGGAAGGAAGAAAAUGGCUUGGUUAAACUAAAUUCCAUUUUCAGAAUCACCAAGCUAUUGAUACUUCCAGUAAAACAAAGAUCAAGUUGUGUGUAUAUAUUCCCAUUUAGUUCUAUUGAGAGUGUAAAGACUCUUGUAGUCGUAGCAACUAGUUCUUUUUAAUGUUUGUCUUACAAUUCAAGUUGGCAAAAGAGAAGAUCACAAGAGAAAUCCUGAAAAUUGGAUUAAGCAUUCAACUGUUUUGUUUUAAAGGCUGUUCAAUAUAUUAAAUAAACAUAUAUUAUAGAGUGUA